GUCAUUUAUGGGUUGUGUAUGAGGUAUUUGUAAUAUCAGUGUUUUGCUCCUUUUUUGUAUUUUUAAGACUUUACAAUUUAAAUAUAAUAUUGUGUAUGUGUGUCAAUUGCAUGAAUUCUGAUGUGCUUAUUUUGUGGUACUGCUAAGUUUUAUUAAAUUGAAGGUCAUGUGACCUUCCUGAUUAGAUUUAACCUGGAAGUGCUGCAAAUUGAAUGAUGAGAUUUAAACUUAGAUACACCUGUUAGAGCUCUUCACCAUUCUACUGCUGGUAACCAGGCCAACACGUUUUCACGGUGUUCCAUAUCUAUAAAUAAAACAAAUGGACAUCAGUAUUUUGGAAACAUGGACUGUUUAAUGACCAGCGAGUAGUUACAGUGAAAACGUGGCCUAAUUCCAUUCCACCAAAGUUUACUUCGGCUUCAGCGUGCGGCUUCUCGCGUCUGGGUCUUUCGGAGUGGUUGGCUGCUUCCUGCGGUGAUAGAGGCGGCUGUCUUCGGCGCGCGAUUCUAGUGCGGUAUUCCUGGAUCCUUGAGUGUUGCAAACUGGGUUCAUCGUGCAGCCGGUGCCUCAUUUCGUAGGACUGAUUGUUGCAAGUUUCAGCGUGCAACUAUGCGUCUUUCCGCGGUGGUUUGUUGCGGGUUUUACGUACAGUUGUGAUACAUCCCGAUGGAGGACUUUCUCACGCAGCCUGAUUCAUCCGUGCAUCAGCAGGUCAGACUAUAAAAUAUUAAAUGUUAUCUUUGGUAAAUGGAUGGUUUUAAAAGUUAAAAUAAAAUUGUUACAAGACAAAGCUGCCUAUAAUUAGAGAACAAUGUAAGAAAGAAGUGUCCUAGUGACAAUUGGUUCUUAAUUUGCUUAAUUGAAAUAGUGCUUAAAGUAACAUUUAAGUGGCAUUACUCUAUUUAAGAGUUUCACUUUUAUUGACUGUUAUUUUAUUAUGUGUUGUAUUGUUGUUUAAAGCGUUACAUUUUUAAGAGCGAAAAUGUCAGUUCAGGGUGAUUUAGCAGAGCAAAAUGAAUCUCCAUUACAAGUUAAUGAGUGUGUUGUGAGAAAUCGACAUGAAUCAUGUACCACAUGUACUGAAAAAUCUGAGGCAAGACUUAAAGAGCUUAAUUCUACUUUAUUAAAGACCAAUGAAAUUAGGAAAUCUUCCCGUGAUAAACAUUUAACACCAAAGAUGCAGGAGUUAAAAGCACAAGAACUGGUCCAAAGGGAAAGCAAGUUCAUAUCUGCAUAUAAUAGUUGGAAGAUCCAUGUCAGAGAGGUUCGUUUAAAGUUAAAACAGGAGUGUUCUGAAAGUGAUUUGUGUGACAUGAUGGAUGGGGUUGAGAAGAAAGAAUCUGAAUUGAAAGGCCUAUAUGAUAGCAUGCGACUCCAAGCAGUACCAAGUCAAGAAAUUAGAAGAAAAAUAGAUGCAUGUUCAGCUGUGACUGCAGACUUGAUUAAAAUAAUGAAUGUACGUUUAGUGGAGGAUGGCAUGGAGUUCGAUGCUGAAGCUGAGAAGGCAAGAUUGCGUGUGUUGUUGGACUGUGAGUAUGCUAGGUCCAUAUACGGAUCCACAGUUUCUAGAGCCACAGUUUUUAGUAAUCACUCUAAACCCUCUUCAGAGUCUGCAAGCAUUUCCGCUAGAAGAGCAGAGACUGCCGCAUUGUUAGCUGCAAAGAAAGCAGAAAUGGAAAUGGAGGCUGACAUUGAUGCACAAAGGCAGCGAUUGAAGAAGCUUGAAAAUCGUAGAGACAUUGAGGUUAUGGAAGCAAGGCUUCGAGUGUAUACUGAGGAGGAGUUAAGAGUAAGAAGUCAGCAGUAUGGUUCAGCAUGUAGUGAUGUGAGCAACGCCAGUCCCCUGGUUCCUAAUACAUCAAGUUUGAGUCCGCAAGUCACAAAAGGUGAGGUAUCCGUAGUACAGGCAUUGCAAGAGUCAAUGGCCCUAUCUCGACUUCCCGUUCCAGAACCUUUUGUAUUUUUUGGUGACCCACUUAAGUUUAUAGAGUGGAGCACAACCUUUAAGGCUCUUAUAGAGAGACGGUGUCUGAAUUCAGCAGACAGGCUGUUCUAUUUGCAAAAGUAUAUUGAUGGUGAAGCAAGAUCAGUUUUGAAAGGUAGUUUUUAUAGGAAAGAUGAACAAGCCUAUCAGCAAGCCUGGGAGAAGUUAAAUGCUAGAUAUGGUCACUCCUUUGUGGCGCAACGUGCCUUUAGAGAGAAACUAAAUAGGUGGCCUAAGAUUGGUGCAUCAGAAUACGUUAAGCUAAGAGAGUUCAGUGACUUCUUGCAAUCAUGUAGUGAUGCUAUGCCGCACAUCAAGGGUCUUCAGGUGUUGAAUGAUUGCGAAGAGAAUCAGAAGAUACUAGUCAAGCUUCCCAACUGGGUGACGAGUAGGUGGAACCGUUAUGUCACAAAACAGCUAGAUCAAGAUAAAGAUUAUCCAAGCUUUAGUGAGUUUGCUUCAUUUGUCUCAAAGGAAGCACGCAUAGCGUGCAAUCCUGUGUCAUCGUUGUAUGCAUUGAAGAUCUGUGAAGAAAAGCCCUUCAAGGAGAUCAAGCGUUUAAGAGUAAAUAGGUUGGCAACUACGGUGAAUGAUUUAGAUGCAGCAUGUGCUAUGGGUAAUACCAGCAAUAUUAUUGACCGCAAGACUAAAGAGUCUAGUAAUUUGAAGAGCACACUGGUCAUCAAUGGAGGUGAUGAAGAGCCUUAUGCCAUCAAGACUGACCUGGGCUGGAGCAUCAUAGGAGGUACUCCAAAUGGUGUGAACUCCAAGGAUGUGACUAGUAUAUGUCACCGCAUAUCAGUCAGGGAGCUUCCCCUUGUGACACCUGCUGCUGUUAGAGCCCUUGAGCUGGAUUUGGUAGAUAGUCGGGAAGAUCAGGAUUACCUGCGUUUUCUGUGGUGGUUAAAUGGUGAUCUAAACACAGAGCCCAGAGAAUAUCGAAUGAAAGUACAUCUCUUUGGAGCAUCAUCCUCCCCAGGUUGCGCCAAUUAUGGCCUGAAGUAUCUCGCCAGCAUUGAGAGGAAGCUGGUGGAAGAAGCUCAGGCUCGGUGUGCUAAAGGAAAACUACACCUUCACAAAUUUGUUUCCAACAAUAGAAAAGUGCUUGCGUCCAUCAGUGAGAGUGACCGUGCUGUUGAGGUGGAAAAUGUGGAUUUCCAUAAUGAUUAUCUUCCAGUUAAGAAUGUUCUGGGAGUAAGGAAGAUCACCAGGCGACUGGAAGGAGGCGAGGAGAUGGAGACUGAUAACGGAGUAACAAUCCUAACAGAUGCAGUCUAG